AAUCAUCAGCUCCUUCCGGGUCUUCUAAGGCCCGGACCACCUUUCUAGCCCGUUUCCAGUUAUAUUUUAAUAUUUUUAGUUUAGUUUUGUUCCGGUUGUUCCGAAGUGACCCCGGCUCUACUCCCGGUUGGAGGUUGAUCUCGUUUCCACGGGUCGAAGCAUAACUUUCCAUUUGGGAGGGACUGAGGGAGCAGUCUCACAUUAUAAAUAGCACUUCAUAGUUGGACCAUGUGAGAGUAACGGGCAUUGCAUUGUUCACCCACCCGUAAACACACACAUCUGUCAUUCUUUCCACCCUAGGUUCCUUCUACAGUGUGUAAAUUCAGACAGAAAACCCUCACCAUGGCGAUGAGGAAGAAGGUUCUCAGCGCCAUUUUGGUGGUUCUGUCGGCUCUCCUCGCCGUCUCCGCCGCGGAAGGGGAGGAGAAGGAGCACGUCUUGACUCUGGAUCACACCAAUUUCUCCGACACUGUCUCCAAGCACAACUUCAUCGUCGUGGAAUUUUAUGCACCUUGGUGUGGACACUGCAAGAGACUUGCUCCUGAGUAUGAAAAAGCUGCAUCUGUGUUGAGUAGUAAUGACCCUCCUGUCACACUAGCAAAAAUUGAUGCUAAUGAGGACUCAAACAAAGACCUGGCUAGACAAUUUGACCUCAAGGGUUUCCCAACCAUUAAGAUCUUACGCAAGGGAGGAGAGGUGGUUCAAGAUUAUAAAGGUCCGCGCGAAGCUGAUGGUAUAGUUACAUACUUGAAAAAACAAGUUGGUCCUGCUUCUGCUGAAAUCAAGUCGAAGGAAGAUGCAGCAAGUCUAAUUGAUGAGAAAAAAGUUUUCAUUGCUGGUAUGUUUCAAGAUUUUUCGGGAGAUGAAUUUGAAAAGUUCAUGACUUUAGCUGAAAAGUUACGGUCAGACUAUGAUUUUGGCCACACACUUGAUGCAAAACUCCUUCCUCACGGUGAUUCAGUUGAUAAGCCCACUCUUCGUCUAUUUAAACCAUUUGACGAGCUAUUUGCUGAUUUUCAGGACUUCCAAGUGGAUGCUAUGCAGAAGUUCAUUGCCGAAGCCAGUAUUCCCGUUGUUACUAUUUUUGAUGAAAACAAAGAAAAUCAUCCUUAUGUCAACAAGUUUUUUGAUAGUUCGAAUGACAAGGCAAUUCUCUUUGUUAACUUCAGUAGUGAGCUUGGUGCUUUCAAGGCCAAGUUCAAUGAUGUGGCUGUUCUUUAUAAGGGAAAGGGAAUCGGGUUUCUGUUGGCAGAUCUUGCAUCCAGUGCCGGUGCACUUCAGUAUUAUGGAUUGAAGGAAGAUCAGGUACCUGUACUCAUAGUACAAGACAAGGAUCAGCAAAAAUUUAUCAAACCAAAUGUGGAACCAGAUCAAAUCGCGACAUGGAUCAAGGACUACAGGGAGGGGAAGGUGGAUCCGUUCAUACGAUCAGAGGCUAUACCAGAGGUCAAUGAUGAACCAGUGAAGGUGGUUGUAAGGGAUAGCCUUGAUAGCAUGGUUUUGAAAUCAGGGAAGAACGUUCUGCUGGAAUUCUAUGCUCCUUGGUGUGGCCACUGCAAGAAGCUAGCUCCAAUCUUGGAUGAAGUUGCAGUGUUCUUUGAGAGUCACCCUGAUGUCUUGAUAGCGAAACUGGAUGCAACUGCAAAUGAUGUCCCUGCCCAAAAGUUUGAGGUUCAAGGGUACCCAACCCUUUACUUCAUAUCUUCAACUGGUGACAUAAUACCAUAUGAAGGUGAUAGAACAAAAGAUGACAUUGUUGACUUCAUCCAAAAGAACAAGGUUAGUAAUAAACCCGUUCAGUCGGAAGACUCGGUGGUUAAAUCAGACUCACUGAAAGAAGAAUCCGCAAAGGACGAGCUUUGAGACGGUUGCAGAGGAAAGAGUGUGCAAAGGCAAAGUUCAAGUUUUCCCAACUGAGAACGCUGCCUUGUUUUUUUUUUCUACCUAUUAUUGUGGCUUUUGCAGUUUCGUAUUUGGAUGAAUAAAACCUUGUUUUUUUUUUCUUUCUAUGGAUGUGAGGGGGUGGUUAGUUAGGUCGUAGCUUUUUACGUUAACAUAGACCUUCUCCUGUAAGGAUCAAUCCGCAAAUCCCAUCACCUUAGAUGCAAGACUUGAAUUCUCUAUUCUAUUUGUCAUUAUCAAAUAAAUAUUGCUCCAUCCG